AUGGAAGACGAUACGGCCACGACAGCUGGCACAUCCAAAGACCUGGAGAAAUUGACAAAAAGAACGCAGCCCAGCGACCAAGUCCGUUACCAGAUGGCUAUUCUAAGCCUACCCUAUGAUAAGGAAUGGCAAAUGGAAGACCUGGACAGUCCGAAGGUUUUUAUGAUUGCUCUGCGGUUGGUAUACAAUCGCAUUCGUGGUGUCAAGGUGCUGCACCUUGGGACGAGCAUUCACAUAAAAUAUGAUGAAGUCAGUGCCGAUCAACUGAGACGGCUUGGGCAAGUUUUCGAGCGGGAUGGAGGAAAUGGAGGCUGGAGGAAAUUGCCGCGCGGAAGAGACCGCUUUACACUUACCGCCUUUAUCGGGUGGGAUAGUCCUUCCUCCCCACUUUAA